AUGGCGGGCGCCAACCCGGGCGCCAACUUUGCCCCAAACGCCUAUGCUAUGGCGCUGGUGUCUGGCAAGCCCAGAGACUCCCUCAACGCCAUCCAGCAACGGCUCAAAAAGGCCAAAAUCUUCAACGACGAGCUCGCCGACUACUUUGCCGCCAGACGCGAGCUAGAAGAGGCCUACCUCAAGCAGCUCCAGAAGAUUGCGAAAAAGAACUUUCUCUCGGACCCCUCGUCGAUCGCGCCGGGCUACGUGCCAGUCUACGAGAGGCUCAUCCACGAGCUCUCCGAAGUCGCCGACAUCCACGGCGAGCUCGAGAGGCGCAUCGCCCAGGAGUGCGAGACCGUCCUCCGCGACGCCAGCAACGCCGGCGAGUGGUCACGCCUGCGCGAGCACGACGACUCGCUCGGCAACACGAUCCGCGAGCUCAACUCGCUCGAGGCGCAGCUUGCAAAGGACCAGAAAAAGGUCGAGGCCGCCUCGGCGAAAAAGGCCGGCCAGGCCCAGACCAAGGUGCAGGAGACAGAGCGCGCCAUCGCUCAGACGAUCGACAUCUGGGAGACGGAGGCGCCCUUUGCCUUCGAGUCCUACCAGCGCGUCGAUGCGCAGCGGCUCGAGCUGCUCAAGGAGGUCGUCGCCAAGUUUGAGACGGCACAGAGCGACGCCGCCCAGCGCCAGAUGCAGCUGUCGGAGAGGACGAUGCAGGAGUGCCUCAACUUUGACGCCCAGGCAGACAUGCAGGAGUUUAUCUUGCAGAACUCGUCGACCGGAGGGUCCGGCUACCGCAACGGACGGACCACGGGCGGCCCCGUGCGUCGAGAGUCGGUCGCCGGGCGCAGCAUCUCCAGCAGGACGGGGGUGCCGCCUUCGAUGCCUUCGAGGACCAACGGCAUGGAAGAGUUUGGGGCUUCGUCCGCCUCGAUCCACUCGGGCGACCGCACGGCAGGGACCAUCUCCGAAUCGACCCCGAGCAAGAGCGGCGGCUCGACGCUCCGCAGCGCCUUCAGCCGUCUCGGCCGGCGUAAGGACAAGGACUCGAGCAACACGCAGUCGACCUACGGCUCGCUGUCGGGUGAUUCGCGGUCGCGCGCCGACUCAGGCAGCCGUCCCGUCACCGCCAGCGCUUCGCGACCGUCGCAGCUCGGCGCCGUCGGCGAGGACUCGCUGGACAGCGCACCCGAACCGGCGGGUAGCGGCUUGAUGGCGCCCAUGACGCCGUCCACGGCCGACGCUGGCCGCGCCACACCCCGAGUGCAGCCUCCUCCGAUCCAAGUGACGACAGCAGCUCCGCCCGAGGUCGACGCGGAAGGCUUCUCGAUCCCUCCGCCCGACCGGAAACCCUGGGAGCUCGGCGGAGCAGCCGCCCUCGGCGCGGGUGCGGGUGCGGCUGCGGCCGCAGGUGCAGGUGCCGCGGGUGCGACGAGCGCCAACGGCGGUCGUUCGCUCAUGGACGGCGACGACUCGUACGAGGACCAGGACACGGUCGGCAGCGUCGGUCUUGGCUCCAAGGUCAGCAACAUGAACAUCAGCAACCGGCCCAUCACGGAAAGCUCGGACAAGGACAAGGCGGCCUUGGAGCGGGUCCGCUCGACGCUCCUCACGAGCGGGCCUCCGCAGAGGCGGGCGACGACCUCGAGGCGGGACAGCCGCGACGUGCGCAACACGACCUACAUGCCGGGCAGCAUGGGCGUGGGCGCCGACGAUGCGCGCAUGAGCCAGUUUGGCGGCGGCGCGACGGCCGCCUCGCCGGGCACCAUGACGCCGACGUCGCCGUUUGGCGGGCAGAGCGCGUUUGUGGGCCAGCCGGGCCUCGGCGACCACCGGACGCAGAGCAUGGCUUCGAUGGCGUCGACGAAUCCGUUUGAGAACAGUUCGACGGCGGCGGCGGUGCGCGCCUCGCUCACGGAGCGGGUCAAUGUCAUUUUCGCGGGGCGCGACGUGUCCAAGGUCAUGGUGGUGGGCGAGCUGAGCAUCUCGGUGCGCGACAUCAGCCCGAGCUCGAAGCCCCUGCACCUGCGCCUCGACGCCUUUGAGCAGCUCGACAAGGCCGCGCCCAACCCGGCCUUUUUGCAGCCCGUCGCCGACAAGCCGGGCGAGUACCUGCUCGACGUCAAGAGCCUGUUUGAGCACGGAGCCUCGUCGGGCCUCCCCGGCAGCGGGGGCCAGGCCGUGGUGCUCAAGUACCAGGUGCAUGUCAGCGAGACGCGCAAGGCCGAGUUUGUCCCGCUCAGCGUCCACUCGCAGUGGCGCUGCGAGGCGCACCAGACGUCGUUCCUGCUCAGCUACUCUGCCAACCCGUCGUCGCGCCUCGUCACCGGUGCCGGUGCCGGUGCCGGUUCCGCUUCCGGUGGAGGUGGCGGUUCCGAGGCGGCGAUGCUGCAGGACCUGCAGUUUGCCGUGCAGGUACAGCCGUCGACCGUGACGGGCGUCAUGACCAAGCCGACGGGGACGUGGUCGGCCGAGUCGCGCACCAUGUUUUGGAAGCUCACCGAGGGCGUCUCGCUGCCCGCCGCGCAAGAGGUGGCACCUACGACGCACAAGCUGCUGGCGCGCUUCCAGAUUGACGCCACCAGCGGCGGUAUCACGGCGCCGCAGCCCGUCUUUGUCAAGUGGAAACUCGUCGGGCGCACCCUGUCCACCCUGGGCGUACGCGUGCUCGACGUGCCCGGCACCUCGGGCUCCUCGGCCGAGGGCGCCCUCCGCAUCGACGAAGUCGUCAGGCAGACCGUGUCGGGCAAGUACAUCAGCGGUCCCUGA